GCGGCCGCCAUUGUCAGCCCCACCAGCCAGAGCUCAGCUGGAGGAGUUGGAGGUGGAAGUCGAAACGGGGAGCGCCGAGAGGCAGCAGUGCACGGAGAAUGGAAUCGAAGCCUUCUAGAAUUCCACGGAGGGUGUCUUCUCAGCCAUUAAAUUCUCGAAGUGCUAGGACAGGCACUGGAAGUGGAGGAACUGGUUUUACUGACUCAUAUCGUACAAGAGACUCUUCACUGAGACUGGAGCCUCCAUGCCAGGAAUCCAGCCGGUUGCAUAGUUCCAGUAGAGAUUGGUCAAUUGGAGAAAGAGAAGCCUAUGAAAGCCUGUGGAAGCUUCCAACUUCUUCUCCAGCUCGCUACUCAGGAACCCUUGACCGUCCAUGGUCUGGAAGACUUUCAGGAAGCAGAAACAGAUUGUCUGCAUCAUCGACUUCUCAUCUUGCAUCGACUUGGCUUGGUGAAUCCGAAAGAACUCAGGGAGCAUAUUCUUCAAGGCUGCGUAACCAGCAACAAGAUAGUGAUUCUAAGAGACCUAAGCUUUCUUAUACAUCUACCUCUGGUGUAAGAAGUAAUGGCUUAACCACAGUUUCAGAUUCCCCAUGGAAGUAUAACGAUGUGCCCAGAUCUUCAUCUAUGGUACCUGGGUCGUUAGGAACUGAACUUGUGAGAGAGAGGAGAGAGCUAGAAAGAACAAGACUACCAUCCAUUGGUAGUCUUGUGGAUUACAGUCACAGGAGUGGUGAUUUUCCAUCUUCAUCAUAUCUUCAGGAGAGAUCUGCUUCUUCAUAUGCACAAGGAGCAAGACCAAAAGACAACUCAUUAAGCUCUUUGAGGUUGAACACAUCCAUGAACCGCCAGUUGCCUUCUGAACAUCAAUCAUCAUUACACUCUAGAGACCAUAGCUGGAGUUCAAGAUCUAACUAUGUCCCAAGAGAAGGAGAAUUUUUGGAAAGGAAUAUACAGCCAGAGUUUACUCAUGGUGCCAUGAGAAAUGGAGCCAGUUCCUCUAGCAGUUCUGAAAGGAUCCCACAGUCCCAAAGGUCACUAAGUGAAUCUCCUGGAGAUACUGAAGGAAGGCGAACAACUAGGCAACUGCUAUCUCGUUUAGCUUCUAGUAUGUCCUCUACAUUUUUCUCGAGAAGGUCUAGUCAAGAUUCUUUGACUUCCAGACAGUUAGGUUCUGAAGAUUCAACGGUUUCAAGACCUCUUUCUUCUACUCAAGCUAGUACUGCUGACACAGCUGCAGCUUCUGAAGGUAUAGAAGCUCAGUCUCCUGAUGUUUCUCAGGGAUUUAGCUUUCUUAGAAGACGAUGGGGCCUGUCCGGUGUUUCACCAAAUCCUGGUUCUGAUUCAGAAGCUGAGAGUUACAGGCAUGAGUCUGAAAGUAGAAAUGCAGGAUCCUGGCUAUCAUCGUCGCUAAGGAAUAGGUGUACACCUUUGUUUUCCAGAAGGAGGAGAGAAGGCAGAGAUGAAACUGCAAGAACCUCUACCUCUGAAAUAUCGGCUAGACCGCAGCAUCUUUUUAGGAGAAGAGAAUCGGGUGGUGAAGCAUCCCUUGAAGCACAAAGUGAUUCCCUCAGGCCUACUGCAAGGCCACCAACACCUGCAGUACCAAACAGUGCUACAUCCACCUCUGUGCCAGAUUCAGUGCACAGUAGAAGAAAUUCAGGAACAUCAGGAAUAUUUCCUGGUUCUCUCUUGAGGUUUGCAGUACCACCAACACUGGGAAACAACUUAUCUGACAAUGUUAUGAUAACUGUAGACAUUAUUCCAUCUGGCUGGAAUCAGUCUGUUGGGCAAGAUAAUGACAAGUCCAAAGUACCUCCUUCAAGAGAUCCUGAAAAGCUUCAGAAAAUUAAAGAGAGUCUUCUUUUAGAGGAUUCUGAAGAGGAAGAGGGAGAUUUGUGCAGAAUAUGUCAGAUGUCAUCUACGUCUCCCACUAACCCUUUAAUAGAGCCAUGCAAAUGCACUGGAAGCCUGCGGUAUGUUCAUCAGGAGUGUAUGAAAAAGUGGCUACAGUCCAAGAUUAACUCUGGCUCUUCAUUAGAAGCAGUAACUACUUGUGAACUGUGCAAAGAGAAGCUGCAUCUCAAUCUUGAUGAUUUUGAUAUCCAUGAGCUUCAUAGAGCACAUGCAAAUGAACAAGCAGACUAUGAAUUUAUCAGUUCUGGGCUUUACCUUGUAGUGUUGUUACACUUGUGCGAACAGCGCUUUUCAGAUAUGCUGGGAACUGCGAGCGAGGCCAACACUCGUGUCCGGUUUAUUAAUCUUGCAAGAACUCUUCAGGCACACAUGGAUGAUAUUGAAACAGCUUCAGAUGAUGAUUCUGAAGAUGGUGAUCUUGGUAGAACACUUGAUGCUGUGUAAACGCAACUGGAAGCUGAAUGGGCAACUGACACCUGCUGCACCAUCAGUAUGCGUUUCUUUAGUAAGGCACACUGACUAAUGUUAGAGAUUUCUAAAGCGUUGCUGAGUUCAGAAACCUGCUGUUGCACACUGGAAACAUGGAGACCUGAGUGCUGGGUCUGCAGGAGUGAGUUGUUUCUCCUUUGAGAUUAUGACAUGUAUGCCUUCUUCUAAAAGACCAGAUUUUUAUGUAAGUAAGGAACAUGAUUUCCUUUUGUACAAACUUCUUAAAGUAAUCAGUUAAACUUCUGGAAAAUGUUUCUCACAUUUGCUCUUCCUACUGGCACUAAGUGGUAAUGUUAAGUAUGUUUGCAACUCAUGGGGAAGGAAUACUUCAGUUCUAGCUUUCCAUUUUGAAAACACCUUUGGGAAGUUCUCACUAUCUUGCUUCCAGUGUUUACGCCAUAGGAUGAAUGAGGGGGAUGAAUGGGUUCUGUGGAGUUUAGUAUUAAGUUUCUAUAUUUUCCAUGAGGAAUGUUUAACUCAAAGCAAUAAACUUGCAAGGGGCUAUUAAUAAGUGUUAAUGCUGGCUUUUUAUAAGUACUGAUUUCAAAACUGCGGAUUAUAUUUGAUAUUAUGUAGAUGUUCCAAUGAGGAAUUACAGCUAUGUAAACACUUGCAUUUCAGCAUUCCUGGCAGGAAUACAACAUGGUUUAAAAUCUUAACCAAGCUAUUUAUCUUAAUGAACCUUUUCUAGAACCCACAUUCACUGCUGAAGCACUGGUUAUGAACGUGUUUUCUAGUGUUGUCAUUUGUUUGUUAAAUAAAAAGUAUAAUGCAGAUGA